CUUGAACUAUGCACUGUGUGAUUGUUACGUACAUGUUCAGCAACUGUAUUGGACUCACCGCAUAAACACAGCGGCUACAAGAGCAGGUCAGAGGUGGGAGUCCUGCAGCGAGGAACUCACCUCCUGACUCCCAAAGCCUGUCCCACCAUCGACAAGGUACAAGCCAGGAGUGUGAGGGAACACCCCCCACUUGCCCCUGGAUGGGGGCAGCCCCAACAACACUCAAGAAGCUCAACACCAUCCAGGACAAAGCAGCCCCCGCUUUGAUUGGCACCACAUCCACAAACAUCCCACUCCCUCCACCCACCGACGCUCAGUCGCAGCAGUGUGUGCCAUCUACAAGACGCCCUGCAGUAACUCACCGAGGCUCCUUAGACAGCACCUUCCAAACCCACCACCACUUCCAUCUGGAAGGACAAGGGGCAGCAGAUACAUGGGAACGCCACCCCCUGCAAGUUUCCCUCCGAGCCACUCCCCAUCCCGACUGGGAAAUAUAUCGGCCGUUCCUUCAGUGUCGCUGGGUCACAAUCCUGGAAUUCCCUCCCUAAGGGGCAUCGUGGGUCUCCCCACAGCACACGGACUGCAGCGGUUCAAGAAGGCAGCUCCCCACCACCUUCUCAAGGGGCGAUAAAUGCUGGACCAAAGAGCAACCGCAUCCCACAUGUGAAUGUAAGACACCUCUCUAGUGAGUAAGCGCCCAUAAUGCAUAUUCUCAAACUGUCACAUUCUUAACACGUGUGUGUGCUCAGACAUGUACGCACCCAGAAGCACAUUUGUGUCCGCGCAGACUGAAGCACAUGCAUGCGUUCUCGUGCGCACACAUAUAGACGCCCGGAGCCCCACACAGACAUACACAUUCCCUUUCUGUUGAGUGGAUGCGCGUGUAAAUGGGAUACAGUCUGGGGCUUUGUGUUCAGGUCAGCGGGAAGCGAAGGUGGGGAUUUCAGUUAGGUCAGUCUCUGAAAAGCAAGUGAGGCACCAGUCACACUCACUCUCGCUGUCUUCCCCGCCCACAGCUCCCUCGUCACCUGUACCGAGUCUGGCCUCCUCAAGGUGUGGAAAGAGGAUUCAGCCGAUCAGGUACAGGUGGGCCGUGGGGUGUGUCGAAUGCGUCAAGACCCCGGGAGGCCGGAGCGUGUGGCAACUGGAGGGAAGGAGAAUGACCUGAAAGUGUGGGACCUGCAGAGGCUGCAGGAGCCUGCGUUCAAGGCAAAGAACGUCCGUAAUGACUGGCUGGAUUUAAGGGUCCCCAUUUGGGUGAGAGACAUUCAAUUCAUACCCGCUUCGGACACAAUCAUCACCUGCACUGGGCACAGCCAGGUACGAGUCUAUGACCCGAGCUGUCCACAGCGCAGACCCGUUCUGGAGAUGACAUUUGACGAAUACCCGUUAACUGCCAUGUCCUUGACAUCUGAUGCCAAUUCGGUUGUCGUUGGUAACACGCACGGACAGAUGGCUAUCCUGGAUAUCCGGAAAGGGAGGCUGCUCAAGUGCCUGAAGGGCCAGGCCGGGAGUAUCCGCAGUAUCCAGUGUCAUCACAGCCUGCCCCUGGUAGCUUCCUGUGGGCUGGAUCGCUUCCUGCGGAUACAUGACACAGGCAGCAAGGAGCUGCUGCACAAGGUGUAUAUGAAGUCCCGAUUGAACUGUGUCCUGUUGACAAGUCAAGAAAACUGGGAGCAGGAGGAUGAGGAAUGCAGCACUGCGGAGGAGGUGAAAGAGCAGAAUGAGGAGGAUGAAAUCUGGGCAUCGAUGGCAACAGUGACCGACGGAGCUGAGUCAAAGCGUACAGCAGACCUACAGGUUACAGCCAAAAGGCGGAAGAGGAGGAAGCAAAUGAGCAAAGACGCAUAACUUUCAUCUGGAAGUAGCACCGUUAUUCAGUAUCUCUCAGUAAAUCAAUUAUUGUCCUUUUGUAA